UCAGUUGCGAUCUGUAUGCUUCACGGUACAUACGUCUUUACUCUGAGUGAAAAACCGUUUAGUGAUAAUAUUUUUACAAACGGAAUUAAUUUAAAAUAGAGUCACCGCGCAGAGAAAUGGCGGCGACGAAAUAUUCCCACCCGUUCCUAUACGGCUUAAAACCAUUUCCAGAGGGACACGACGACGUAAUACAGGAAGUAAGAGAAUGGAUGAAAAGUCAGCCGCACUUGCCGUACAUAUCAGAUGAGUUCAUUGUGCUUUUUCUUCACUCUAACUACUACAAGGUGAAGGAAUCCGAAACCACUAUAGAAGCUUACUUUACUCUUAGAUACAAUACGCCUGAACUUUUUACACAACGUGAUCCUUUGCUGCCAAAAAAUAAAGUCAUUCUGGAAGUGACGCAAAUGGUGGCGUUACCCAAAGUAACACCGGAAGGACACCAUAUUCUGUUAUACCGUCUGGCAGACACAGAUUAUAGCAAGUUGUGCUUCGCAGACGCAGUGAGAGUCUUCUGCAUGUUUAAUGAUAUCAAACUGUCAGUAGACGGCCUCUCUGAAGGAUAUAUUGUGAUUUUCGAUAUGAAAGGAUGUAGUAUUGGACAUUUGACCAGAGUAACUCUACCCGCCCUAAGAGCUUUUAUGCAGUAUAUUCAAGUAGCCCACCCAGCGCGCCUUAAAAAGAUUCACGUUGUUCACACAGUUUCCUUCAUCAAUCAAGUCAUGUGCUUAGUCAAGCCCCUCAUUCAUUCCAACCUCUAUAACCUUCUCAAUUUCUCAUCUGAUGGACCAGCCUCCGUAGUAGACUUAGAAUACUUGCCCGAAGAUUAUGGCGGCCCACUUCGAUCAGUCAAAGACCUUCAUGAGGAACAGAAACAUAGUAUGGAGACUGAAUAUAGGGAAUGGCUUAUGGAGUCGGAAAUAUACAAAACGGACGAAACUAAGAGAAUAAAGAAGCCAAGCAAAGGGUUAUUUGCUACUCUUACUAGUUCAUUCAGGGGUAUUGAUAUUGAUUGAUUAUAAUUUCCAAAAAGACACAUAGCUUCGUAGUUAUAGUUGUUCGAUUUCUUAAUUUCUAUUUGACAUUUUAUCUUGACAGUUCUAGUCUAAGAGUCUUACUUUUCGGCCUUAUAAUAGGCUAAAGAUUUUACGAUAUUCGUUGCUAAGCUUACCAUUCUUUUUAUAUAGAAUCAACAUCGUAACCAUAGUAACAAACGUGGUACUGACUUUGAUUCAUGUUUUAUAAGAAGGUGGAGUACGUUUAUAUAGGCUUGAAAUAGAUUCAAUAAAGGACGAUUUCUCGGAAAAAAGACGAGUUCUUUUUAUAACGCUCAAGUUGUAUUUUUAUAUUAAGAGAAAAUGCGUAUUACGUAUAUUGAAAGCCAACCAAAUAUUUCUUGAUAGGUAAGUGUAAGUGUCGCUAUUUGUACCUAUUUACCAUUUUGUAAACUAUAAUAUGUCUGUGCAGUGUGUCUAUAAUACAUUAAACAACCUAUUUGUAUUGGGACUGUGGUGGAGCCACAGAUAUCUUCCGUGCGUCAGCAUUUCCUUCUAAUUAAAAUUUAUUAUAUUUACCGGUUAUUCAAAUUAAGUAUUUUCUUGACUCUAUUCGAUUCACCAAAUUGUAAUAAACACAAAAAAAUAUCUUUAUAUAAUAAUAUCUUCCAAUUUUAAGAGCAAGUGACAACAAACAUACUUUUAGUUAUUUAUACAAGUAAUAUUUACUCAUAUUACGCGUAGUAUUUUUCUUUUGUCGCGUAUUUUAUUGCAGAGCAGUUUAGUGGCUUCAACGUGAGACUCUUCUCCCUGAGGUCGUGGGUUCGAUCCCCGGAUGGGCACUAAUGAACUCUCUAUGAGCGAAAUUAACACUCGUUCAUAUCGUGAAGGUAAACAUUGUGAGGAAACCGUGCCAGACACAGAAGGCUGAUCACCUACUUGCCAAUUAG